UGUCAAAUAAAUAAAUAAAAUCUUCAAAAACAAAACAAAACAAUGCAGGAGGGACGGGGACGUCUGGCCUGCUCAGUCCGGGAACACGUGACUCUUGGUUUCAGGGUCGUGAAUUCGAGCCCCAUGCUGGGAGUAGAUUAUUUAAAAAAUAAAAAUAAAUAAAAAAGAGGAGGGUGAUUCGGGGGGAUUCUCAAGCUGGGUCUCUGAAGUUUCACCCAUGGACAUAAGGGGGCUUUGAAGGAUAAGAAGGUUCUAGAAAGGCUCAGCUGGUAACCUCUGAGGCUUACACAGAUGUGGAUCCGCCCAGAACACAUGCCCCUCCCCCGCUCUGUCCCCUCCAGAUAUGAUCGCCCAGAGGAGCAGGGGCAGCAAAUGCCCCAUGGAACCGAAAGUGACCAGUGGGAGGGAGACCCUGCGUCUUCGUUCUGGGGGGUCUGCCUCAGUGGAGGAAGUGCCCAGCAAAUUUGAGGAGGAGGCAUCACGGAGGGUGGAUGACCUGCUGGAGAGUUACAUGGGCAUUCGGGACCCAGAGCUGGGUAAGGGGCCAGGCAUCCACCAUGGUGGACACCUCCAAGAAGACGCUGAGCGUCCAGGAGUUUGCACACCGUUUAGAUUCCGUCUUGGGCGAGUUCGCCUUCCCGGACGAGUUUGUGGUGGAGGUGUGGGCCGCCAUAGGCGAGGCCAGGGAGGCCUGUGGCUAGUCUGCCCUGGGGCCGAGCGCAGCCCCAGCCCAGAGCCCAGCCCCCUGCCCCAGCCCUCCUGGCCAGUUCCCGAAGCCCACCUCUGCACCAGAGCCCAGCCCAGAUCUGAGACCCAUCCUCGCUCUAGAGUCCAGGCCAGCUCUGGGACCGAGUUUACCUCUAGAACCCCUACCAAUUUCAAGACCAAUCCCAGCUCUGAGGCCAAGCCCUACUCUAGACUCCAGGCUAGCUCUGAGGCUGAGUUUAUCUCUGGAACCCAAUCCACUUUUGAGACCCAACCCAGCUCAAAAACUCAGCCCCCCUCCAGACCCCAGGCCAGCUCUGAGACCAAGUUCACCUUUAGAACCCCUACCAGUUCUGAGACCAAGCCCAGCUCUGAGGUCAAGUCUUGCUCUAGAACCAAGCUCAGUUCUGAGAUUAAGCCUAGCUCUGAGACCAAGCGCUGUUCUAGACCCCAGGCCAACCCUGAGACAAAGUUCAUCGCUAGAAUGCAAUUUAGUUCUGAGACCCAACCCAGCUCCAAAACCCAGCCCUUUCCUAGAACCCAAGACAGCUCUGAAGCUAAACCAAGCUCCGAAAUCAAGUUAAGGUCUGGAUCCCAGAUAAGUUUUAAGACACAGCCCAGCUCUGAGAUCAGUCCCAGUUCUGGAAGCCAGCCCAGAUCUAUGACCAAGCCCUUCCAUAAAACUCAGUCUGAUGCUGGAACUCAAGACAACCCCAUGACUCAGCCAUACCUAGACACCCGGUCUAGCUCAGGAACUCCCAUUAAUUCUGGAGCCCAGCUCAGACUCCAGAAACAGUCCAGCAACAGUAGCCACACCAGUUCAGGAUUGGAAGAUGGCUCCCAAACCCAACCCUGCUCACGAGCCCAGAUGCCUGCUGCAGCUCAGUCCAGACCCAGAUCCCAGCCCUGCUCUAAAACCCAACUGCACUCAAGUACCCACCCCCAUCCUGGGGCCUGGUCCGGUUCCAGUGAUGAGUCCAGCUCAGAGACUGAGUCCAGUUCUAGACCCCACCCUGGUGCUACAACCAGGCCCAUCUCCAGAAUUCAGACAAGCUCUGGAACCCCACCCAUUUCUGAGGCAAGGCCUGCCUCCAGAGCUAAGCCUGAUGCCGAGCCCCGCUCUCACUGCAGAACGCAGACCAGCUCUAGAAUGCCAUCUAACUCUGGGACCCAGAACAAUUUUAAGACCUGGGCAAUUUCCAGAGCUCGGUCCAGCUCAGGCAUUCCACCCAGCUGCAGAACUCAGCUCAAUUCUGAAGCACAGACUGGGUCUGAAAUCCCAUCCAGCGCUCAAACACAGUCAGUUGCUGAGACCCCACUGAGUUCAAGAACCCAGCUAAACUCUGGAAUCCAGUCUAGCCUUGGGACCCAGACCAAUGCAGCACCAGACGUAAUCUCCGCAAAUCUGUCUAGCUCUGAAAGCAGGCCCAGCUCCAGGACCCAGACUUGUCCAGGAGCUCAGUCAACUUCUGGGACUCAGCUCAUCUCGGAAACCCUACCAAGUUCUAGAUACCAGCUCCAAGCCACAGCCCAAGGCAGCUCUGGUAUUCAGCCGGACUUUGGGAAGCAGACCAGCUCUGGAACUCAGCCAAGCUCUGGAGCCCAGAUAAGUUCGAGAAUUCACCCCAUCUCUGGAACCCAGCCCAGCUCCACGAUUCACUCCAGCCCUGAGACACAGCCCAACUUGGAAACCCAGAGUGAUUCUAAAACCCAGCCUGUUUCUGAAACCCAACCCGGCUCUAGAACCCUGAUCAGUUCUGGAACGCAGCUCAGACCUGAGACUCAGCCCACCUCAGAGACUGAGCCCAGUGCAAGCAUUCAGCCCACCUCCAGGAUUCAGCUCAGCCCUGUGACCCAGCCCAAGCCUGGAACCCAGAGCAGUUCAAGAACUCAGCCCAGCUCUGAAACUUACCUUAGUUCCAGAACCCAGCCUGUUUCUGGAACCCAGUCCAGCUCUAGAACCCAGACCAGUUCUGGAACCCAGCUCAGCUCCAAGACCCAGCCCAGCUCUGGGACCCAGAGCAGUGUAAGAAUUCAACCCAGCUCUAGAGCCCACCUUAGCUCCAGAACUCGGUCUAGCCCUGAGACCUGGCUCAACUCUGAGACCCAGCUCAGUCGCAGGAUUCAGUUCAGCUCUGAGACACAGGCCAUCUCUGGAAGCCAGCCCAGUUCAAGAAUGCAGCCCAGCUCUGGAACUCACCUCAGCUCUAGAAUCCAGCCUCUUACUGGAACUCAACCCAGCUCCAGAACCCAGACUAGUUCUGGAACCCAGCUCAGCUCCAAGACCCCGCCCAGCUCUGGGAUCCAGAGCAGUGUAAGAAUUCAACCCAGCUCUGGAGCCCAGCUUAGCUCGAGAACCCAGUUUACUUCUGAGACCUGCCUCAGCUCUGAGAUGCAGCUCAGCUCUGAAACCCAACCCAGCUCCAGAACCCUGAUCAGUUCUGGAACGCAGCUCAACUCUGGAGCCCAGCCCACCUCAGAGACCCAGCCCAGUGCAAGAAUUCAGUCCAGCUCUGGAGCCCAGCUCAGCUCCAGAACCCAGCCCAGCUCUCAGAUUCAACUCAGCCCUGAGAUCCAGCCCAAGUCUGGAACCCAGAGCAGUUCAAGAACUCAGCCCAGCUCUGGAACUUACCUUAGUUCCAGAACACAACCUUAUUCUGGAACCCAGUCCAGCUCCAGAACCCAGACCAGCUCCAGAACCCAGACCAGCUCAAAGAUCCAGCUCAGCUCUAGAAAUGGGCUCCACCUACAGACCCCUCGCCUUGACCCUAGAACUGAGGCUGAUCUCACUCCCCCAGCCCAACAUCAGCCCCUAGGCCCACCACGCAGAGCUCCGACUCUGGGCCCUAGCACAGUCUCUCAGCCGCAGCCCCAGCCCCAUGAUCUGGUACAUGGAACGCAGGCCAACACUGGCCUGGGCCGAAGCUCACCAACUUCCCACCUGGCCCCACAGCCACAGAUCCCGUCAGCCCCUCAGAAACCGGUCCUCUUCCCCAAGCCCCAGCUAGGACCCCAGAAGUCCACCCCACCCACCGUAUCUGUCAUCUCUAGUUCUGCCCCCAGGGCAGACCUCCUGCAUUCCCAGACCCCUGAAUCCCUAGCCCAGAGGCCUGUCCCCUCCCACACGCUCAAGGAGUCAGGGCCUGCUCCUUGGGGGUCAGAGCCCCUCCCCCACCAAGGGGAGCUGUAGCUUGAGGGUGACACAGUUUUGGCUUCCAAGAUCCCCCCCAUCCUGUCUCUGGCCCCUCCCAGCCUGGGUCCCCUGGAAGCAGCAGGUGACCUCAUUCCCCCAGCAGGUAGGGGUGGGGGGAGUAGGGAGAGUGGAAACAGGGGCUUUAGUUUCACUUGGGCCUGGCUCUGGGAGGUGUAAGCAGAUCCUAGGUCUGUGGAGUGGAAAGCUGGGUGUGUGUGUGGGGGGGGCAUGUGGGCAGGAGGUGGAGAAAUGGGGGGCAGGAGGAAUCUUGUCCUCAUGUACCUCGAGGGCUCAUGGGGAAUAAAGGCACCUCUCCUUGCA